GUCAAUUUAACUGGAAAGGUUGUCGUCGUCACCGGUGCGAACUCGGGUCUUGGAAAGGAAGUUGCGACUUACUCUGCCGCCAAGGGAGCUAAGCUUUACAUGCUCUGCAGAAGUAAAGACCGCGCCGAGGCAGCUCGGGACGAAAUUAUGGAAAAGACCGGAAAUAAAGAUAUUGAAAUAGUACUGGUGGAUGUCGCGGAACUUUCCAAAGUUCGCGACGCGGCCAACACCCUGAAAUCGAAGGAGCCAAAAAUCCAUGCAAUCGUAUGUAACGCCGGCGUUUUGUUGAACGACCGUCGCGAAAGCAGCGAAGGGAACGAAUUGACUUUGGCGUCGCAUCUUAUUGGCGGUUCAUACUUGCUCAGCAAACUUUUGAUGGAUCAAGUGAAGGCUGCCGACGGACAAGGUCGAAUCAUUAUGGUGACUUCAGGAGGCAUGUACAAUUACAAAUUUCCAGCAUGGAAUGUGGCGGCAAAUACGGGUGAUCAGAAGGAGAAAUACAAUGGCGUUAAUUUAUAUGCGUAUGCCAAGCGAGGACAAGUUCUUCUAGCCGAGCGCUGGAGUAAGGAAUAUCCCGAUGUGACUUUCUGCACUGUGCAUCCUGGCUGGGCAGACACUCCUGCUGUUGAAGAAGCGUUUGGCGACUCGAAAAAGUAUCUAAAACCGUUACGAGAACCAUGGCAGGGAGCCGAAGGUGUCACUUGGUUAGUUGGAACGGACCGAUCCAAUUUAGAGAGUGGAGACCUGUACCUUGACCGUAAGUCACAGCCAAAACACUUA